AUGGCCUCACUCUUCACUAUCUUAGGUACCCUCUCAUUGUCCUUACUGUGCAUUUGCCGUGCUGAUCUCAUAUCCGACGUGUGCUCCGCAACCAUAAUCCCGGAUUUCUGCACCGAAACCCUAAGAUCCGACCAGGCCGCUCGUGCGGCGCCCGACGCCAAAAGCCUCGGCUUAAUCGUCAUCAGAAUAGCUAAAUCAGCCAUCCGAGACCUCAUUGCAGUCACGAAGAAGAUUGGUGGCCCACGCGUGGAAUGCGUUGAGAUGGACGAUUCUGCCAUAGAAGACCUUGACGAGAUCUUGGAUUACUUGACAAUACCCGACAGCACCAUGAUCGUGACCAAGGACGAUUUUCUUGACCAUGUCUCGGGAGUUAACAUUGAUAUGGAAACUUGUGAAGAUGAUUUUAGAGGUGGUGAGCCGGCGCCGGCUGAUCUGAAAGCGGCCACGGACCGGGCAGAGAGAACCGUUAUGAUAUUGUAUGGUAUCGGGAACAAAUUGUUUGAGUAA